AUGAGCAUGGCGUUCUCCUGCGCGGGCGCGCGCGUCCACGGCCGCACCGGCGUCGGCGGCGCCAAAUGCCGCCCCGGCGCGGCGGCCCUGCUCGGGCGGCGGGGCACCUGCUUCCGCCCGACCGCCCGGAGGUGGAGCACCGCCGCCCCCAGGGGAAUCCGCGCCGACCUCCCGCCGCCGCCGCGGGCGAGCGCGGAUGGCGGCGCCGCCACCUCCGGCCCGGCGGCAGUCGCCGUCCCCGAAGCGGGGGACGCUACUGAGCAGGUGGCCGCGGUUGCUCAGCCUGUUGUGCUCCCGGAGAGGCUUGACGUCGAUGAUGGGGCUGAUGGGAAUGGCAAGCUCCCGCCCGCCGGCGGCGGCGGCGGUGGGGACGGGGAGAAUGGCGGCGGUACCGGCGGUGGGGGUGACGGUGACGACGGAGAGGAUGAGUUCGGGCCCAUCCUCAGCUUCGACCAGGUGGUCCAGGAGGCGGAGAAGCGGGGGGUUAGCCUGCCCAGUUUGCCCGCGGACAUGGUUGAGGCGGCCAAGAGCGUUGGGAUUCAGAAACUGCUGCUGCUGAGAUACCUGGACAUGCAGGCGUCGGCUUGGCCCUUGGGACCUGCAAUUAGGUCCUGCUCGCUUCUCCGGAAUAGGAUGCUGGUUGAUCCUGCAUUCCUCUUCAAAAUCGGCACUGAGAUAGUUAUCGAUACGUGUUGUGCGACAUUUGCUGAGGUUCAGAAGAGAGGGGAGGAGUUUUGGUCAGAGUUUGAGCUGUAUGCAGCAGAUAUGUUGGUAGGAGUAGUUGUUAAUGUAGCUUUAGUCGGCAUGUUGGCGCCAUAUGCUCGAUUUGGUAGCAGAUCUGCAUCAGAAGGUCUCCUUGGACGCGUUAGGCAUGCUUAUGAUGCCCUCCCAAGCAGCGUUUUUGAAGCUGAAAGGCCAGGAUACAAAUUUUCUGUGCAGCAACGGAUAGGAACAUACUUUUUCAAGGGAAUAUUGUAUGGUUCUGUUGGAUUCUUUUGUGGUCUUGUGGGACAAGGGAUUGCUAAUUUGAUAAUGACAGCCAAACGGAGUGUUAAGAAGUCAGAGGAUGAUGUACCUGUUCCACCUCUUCUCAAGACUUCUGCUUUGUGGGGUGCGUUCCUUGCUGUUUCUUCCAACACACGGUACCAGAUUAUUAAUGGAUUAGAGCGCCUGGUUGAGGCUUCACCUGUUGCGAAGCGUGUCCCAGCUGCUUCUUUGGCAUUCACUGUUGGUGUGCGGUUUGCCAAUAACGUGUAUGGAGGAAUGCAGUUUGUUGACUGGGCAAGAAUGAGUGGUUGCCAAUGA